AUGUCGUCACUUUUUUCUUCUUAUCUAUUGCUCUUACUGUUAUAUUUUAAAUGUGCAGCAUCAACGUCGCCCACGUGCUCCCAAUUGCAAGCUACACGACCAGACAUCGAAACCGUCUUUGAAGGACAGGCCGACUAUACCGAUAUCAACAAUGCCUACUGGUCUACCGCAUGUUCAGCAGAGAAACCAGCUUGUAUCAUUCUUCCGUCAUCCGCGCAGCAACUGUCAGAUGUUAUCCUCAUAAUAAAUGAGAACAGCGAGGCUUUUGCAGUCAAAUCCGGUGGUCAUACUCCAAACUGCUACUCCAGCAUCUCCGGUGGCCCAUUGAUAGCCACGAAGCGCAUGAAUCAGGUUGUUCUGGACAAUGAUACGCAGUCUGUAGAUGUUGGGCCGGGAAAUAGAUGGAUGGAUGUCACAGCCGCAUUAGAGGGCACGGGUAUGAUGGUUGUAGGUGGGCGCAUGGGUGAAGUAGGUGUCAGCGGUCUGCUUCUCGGAGGUGGGUUGAGCUACCUUAGCGGUCAAUAUGGUUGGGCUGCGAACAAUGUCCUGGAGUUUGAGGUAGUACUGUCCAACGGUACCAUUGUGAAAGCCAGCGAAACCGAGAAUCCGGACCUGUGGGCUGCUCUGCGAGGUGGCGGAGCCGACUUUGGCUUUGUCACGAAUUUUAAGCUUCGGGCGUGGCCACAAGAUCAUAACAUCUGGGGGGGUAUUCGCGUCUUUGCAAACACCGAAACGCCUCUGGUGCUUGAUGCGGUCCGAUCUUUCACGGCAAACUACGAAAACUAUCCAAAGGCCGGUAUCAUCGCAACAACGGAUUUGACCCUGGAGAAUCUGCUCGACAUCUGGAUCGUCUUCAUGUUCUACGACGCUCCCACGCCGCCAGAUGGCGUGUUCGAUGCCUUUGAUGCAAUUCCGACGCUGCUGGACCUUACCCAGACCCGAACGAUGAAUGACAUGCUACUGUUUGACAACACGUUCGUGCUCAAGGGGUCGAUCUACACCAUCGCAACGGAGACGAUGCCUCUACCAAACGCGACGGAGGGUGCGGUCGUCAUGAACGGCAUUUACGAUGCGUGGCACGAGGUUGCGAACAAGGCGCAUGACGUGGCCGGCGCCAUCGUUUCCAUGGCUCUUCAGCCGCUUCCGAAGAUGAUUAUCCAAAAGGCUCAGGAGCUCGGAGGCGUAGUGAUGGAUUUCGACGCAGACGUUGAUCGCAUCGUGAUCGAGCUCGACUAUUCCCACUGGUUCGCGGCCGACCACCCACUGAUCGAUCAGCUCACAGUGGAGACGUACUCCACGCUUGGGUACAAGGUCAAGGAGUUUCAAGACGCAGGGCUGCUGCCCAGCAACGUGCACCUCCCGCUGUUCAUGAACGACGCGUAUUUCAAGCAGGACUACUGGGGCAGACUCAAGCCGGAAACCACGGCAAAGUUCAAGGCCAUCCAAGAGAAGUAUGACCCGCUGGGUAUCUUGUUAUCACGGACCCAAGGCUUCCAUGUGUGA